GGGACGCUCGGUCGUCCUGACCUCACACAGUAUGGAGGAGUGUGAAGCGCUCUGCACUCGCAUGGCCAUCAUGGUGAACGGCAGGUUCCGCUGCCUGGGCAGUGUGCAGCACUUAAAGAACAAGUUCGGUGACGGGUACACCAUCAUCCUGCGGGUGGCAGGGGCCGAUCCGCAGCUGGAGCCGGUGAUGGAGUUCAUCGAGCAGGAGCUGCCAGGAAGCACGCUAAAGGAGAAGCACAGGAACAUGCUGCAGUACCAGCUGCCCUCGUCGCUGACAUCCCUCUCCCGUAUCUUCAGCCUCCUCUCCAAGAACAAAGAGCAGCUCCACAUCGAGGACUACUCCGUCUCACAGACCACUUUAGACCAAGUAAGAGAGUUUGUAGGGAAAUUCAGUGCCACAGUUUGCAAUACAUGAAUUGCUGAGGUCAGAAAACACACAAAUGUGGCAAAAA